GCACAAGUUAAUUUAGUAAGCAUUUAGUAAGUUACUUGACUAUAUUUUGUACAGCUUGCAGCCAAGAUAAUGGAAUAUCUCCACGGGCACCAAAGGAGGAAGCAGGGUUUUGUGUAUUGAAAUUUGUUCCCUCCUCCCUCUCUCCCUCGUGGACUUUCUCCGCUUGAUUGAAAUUUCCUGGGAAGGGCCUUUUCCCCAAGUUGAACCUAUGGGCGGUGGAAGAGACAUCUCGAUCGAGCCUACUUAGGUAGCUGGCUAGUUAGGCGGAAGGAGGCCAGGGGAAGGGAGUCAGUUACCGGGCAGUCCCUAACGAGAUGGUACUGAUGACCGACCAGCCGCAAAGUCCUUUAACUCCUCUCUCUUCACCAGAUGAAGCCAAAUCCGUUAAGACGAACGGCAGGAAAGAAUCAAGAGAUAUACACUUCAUCUUCGAGGCGGAGAAUGGAGGAGAGGAGAAGCAGAGGAGAAACGGGAGGCCUGGAGCUGACCUGCAGCUGUUGCUGGAGGCCGAGUCAGAUCUGUCCGAGAGCAGAAGGAAGCCUACGCUCGUGAGGUCCAAAACAUUUGAUCAUUCGCCUCUCUCGCAAAUAUCCAGUGACUGUGAAGUAAAGAUCGAGCGGAAGAAGUCUCUGACCAAUCAGUUCUCAAAGACAAAUGCCCAGUAUCACAAGGUUUUUGCCGAGAUCAGUAAGGAUGAGCUGCUUCGACAAAGUUACACUUGUGCCUUGCAAAAAGACAUUCUCUACCAGGGAAAGAUGUAUGUGUCUGACAACUGGAUUUGUUUCCAUUCAAAAGUCUUUGGUAAAGAUACCAAGAUUGCUAUCCCAGUGCUGUCUGUGACCCUUAUUAAAAAAACGAAAACUGCCAUUUUGGUGCCAAAUGCACUUGUGGUGGCCACCACAACUGAGCGGCACGUGUUUGUGUCGUUCCUCUCCCGUGACACCACGUACAAGGUCCUGAGGUUGGUGUGUUUUCAUCUGGACGGAAUGAGCACAGGAAGCAGCCCGGUUCCUUCUUCUGCGGAGAACAGCUUCAGAUCUGAGCGGCCACCCUCUCUUCCUCUGGACUUCUCUGGGAAUUUCUCCGAUUUGGACGGGACAGUGAGGCAGCGGAGACAGGACAUGGAGGAGAGCAGCAGCUCUGGAUCCCAGACCCCAGACUACGAGAAAAUGGCAGAAUUCCCCGUGCUCCCCGAGACCUUCCUGAGCGUGCCGAAGCAAGGGGAGGUGCCGGUCCGCGCGGACGUCCACCCGCAGCAGGCCCUGCCCCCAGCCCCGCCCCCAGACGCCGUCCCGGGGCAACAGCAGAACGGUUCGUCCAAAGCAGCAGGGGCCGUACACAAAGUGAAAUCGUUGCAACCGGUGUCCUUGAAUACCCUUCUCCUCGUCUACUUGGUCUUAGUCUGCCUGCUGGUGUUUUCCUCCUGUUACAUGGCCUUCAAGAUAGCGGCCCUGGAGCAGCGGCUCUCGUCCCUCGGCUCCAUGGCGGAGUACCCGCACAACGAAAAUGUGGUACACCACCGAGCACCGAUGGAGGUGAACGCAGAAAUCUACGGAGAGUUAUCUACAAACCUGUUAAAGCUGGAAAAGAUCCAGAGGAACCUGCAGAAGCUCCUGGAGGAAGCUGCGUGACUCGUAAUGACCUGUCUGCACUUCUGCUGGAGAAUCCCACGCAGACCUGGCGACCCCAACCAGCCCUCCCCCACAUUCUGGCCGGGCAGAAUCUUCGACCUCGGGCAGGGCGGGAGAAAAUGAAAGGAACGGCAACAAUGACUUUGACAACGGCACAAAAAAAAAGAAAAGAAAAAGACUGCCUUAAUCGUGCAAUAAGUUUGCUCUCUCUAACGUCUCAGGACUCUACUGCACUAUACACUACACUGCACCUGUUACACUCACCCAGUGGUUCAAUAAAGGAGAAAUCGACAGGUCCGAUUGCGAUCUUACUUUUCCUGGUGGCACUUUUGGGGGAGAAGGGGUUAUUGUUCUCGGGGAAAGUCCAGUUAAUCUGUUGUACGCUGGCCGGUGCCGACUUGACAGUGAUGUACCUAGAUAGACACGUAUCCAAUAACCCUCCUUGUACGACAUUUCUUCAAUAACACAAGUGACAGGUGUACAGAAGUGUGCUCUACAGCACAUGGUGCAGAGACGUGCAUGUUGAGAUCAAAACAACAAAAGCAAAGGUUUAAAAAUAGUUCUAGAGUUUCCGGCCUUCUGGACUGUAAAGUAGCAGUGGCCAAAUGCUUAGGCCUUCAAACGAUGUCUCUCUUAUAAGCUGCUGGUGUGCUGUUUGAAGACUACAGUAGGUCUUCCACCAGGUCACUCAAGUAAUAUGCUGGCAGGGCGUGGGGAGGCUGCAAAUGUGUGCGAAUGUAAAAUCUUUGAUCCUGUAAAUCAUUUCAAAUGAAUGGCUCUUUUUUGUG